UAAUAAGUAUCUUUCGGCGGCAUUCAGAAGAGUUCAUUUUUAUGUGGAUUGAGUUUGAGUCAGCUGUGGAAGAGGUUUCAAAAGAAAACAUAUGUUUCUUCUCAGGGUGAUAACAUCUGUGGUUUUGGCAACAGCAUUUUUAGUAAUGACUGAUGUAGUGUUAGAUGUCAGUGGGAAAAUAACUCCCCAAGAGCUUCCGAGAUCCAGCAAUUUCACUGGAUUUCCUCGUAGUUUUACGCUGCCUGCAUUAAAAGCAUGGUUCCAAUCAUGCAGGGAAGGUAUAAAGCCUUGGGGUCUUUUUAUAAGCACAUCUCAUUACAAAGUUCCUCCAAGUAUACCUCGUCUGCUGAAACGAGCGGUGAAUAAUUUGAGUUACUUUCAAGGAAACUAUCUGGUCAUCACGAUCAUUCUUAUGGCUUAUUGCCUGCUGACAUCACCACUUCUACUUCUAGUUGUAGCAGCCUCAGCAGUUGCAUGUUACAUGUUGUCUACAAGAAAUAAUGAAAAGAGACUGAUCAUCAGUGGUAAAGAAGUAAGUCUUAAUCAACAGUACGCUGCUGUAGGAAUUUGCUCUUUGCCGCUUUAUUAUUGGGCUGGAGUUGGUCAAGCUGUUUUCUGGGUUGUUGGUGCUUCCUGUUUUGUUAUAUCUCUACAUGCUGGUUUGUUCAAUAUUGAUGAAGUAAUUAGCCAAGAAGAUCAACUAGAACUUUUGGUACAGCAAAUAUAAUAUAAUUAUGUUUUAAGUGUAUGUACAAAUGUAAAUAAAAAGUCUCCAGUUCCAAAUUCUGUGUGAUAAUAACUUAUGAGUAUUAAUGCUAUUUUCCAUAUUCUGAUGACUAUUUUAUUUUAUUUUGUUAAUAUUUAAUGAACACUGUGUUAAUAUUUAUUUUUAUGAUUAGUUCUAAUAAAAGUUUAAUUU